CUCUCUCUCACACACACACACACACACCGUCUCCUCGCAAGCACGCACCACAAGCCAGCGGCGGGCGAGCAUCGGAGUCUCGUCGUCCAUGGUCACGCUGUUUCUCUCCCUCCCGGCGAACUGGCGAAGCUAAGCAAACUCCUCCGUCCACCCACACUUCUCUGAUGAUUCAGGCGUGUGGCCAUCUGCUGGUGCAGUGGCGCUCCUCCCAUAGUCCCAUCGCAUGCACGAUGGUGUGGCGUCUGGCGUGGCAGAUAUGGAUGGCUUAUUGGGUUUUCCUCUCGGUGCAGGGUCCGUGGCAAAGGGGGAGGGCCGACGCCGGCGGGGGGGCCCGGGCAGGGAUGGAGAGAGCGGUCGAGUGGACCUCGGGAGCGAUGACAGAAGAGAGAGAGCACAACCCAGCACCAGCGAGGAAAAGCCUCGCUUCUGCGAGGGCCGUGUGCUCUCUGCUCUCACUGUCAUCGCCCACAGGCCACCGAACCGUGAUCUCUCGGGGGGCCAUGCAACGCAUGCAGUGCAGCUAGCUUCUUCUCGUGGGUUAUGCGGAUGUUUCAUGUGCAAUAUACUUGCGGCUGCAGGUGGACCUGUGGCACAGUCGCCGGCGGGGCGAAGGAUCAAGACAAGCUCCACGAGGCCAGCAGUAAGGAGCGGCACACGGGGAGGGGCACCGCUGUCUCUGCCUCUACUCCCACCAGUUCAGGCGUCCGUGGCGCCGGGCUCCACGGCGAUCAUUGUGACGAGCGACGUGCGACUUGCCAUCCUCAAAGGCUUCGUCGUCGUCGACCCGCUCGCCACAAUGCGGCCGCCGACUAUGCCUACGGCACGCGCCGCGACCUGGACUCAACCGUCACUAUAGGUCUCAUGUUCGUUUUGCAACCGACACCAGAUAUUCUGCGUGCUGCGUUCCUCAGUCCCAGCCGGCUAGCCCAGGCCGCACGAACACCACGCGGACAUAAUUAACUUCAGGGGAAAUACUGUGCCAUUCUUCUACGCAACAUUCUCGUGGCAUAUGGUUGCUCCGUGUUCUUUGCCUCUAUUUGAUCCGCGUUCCUUUUUCUUCGUACAUAAUGUCCAGCCACAUUAUUCAAAGAAAACUUUGCAUGAUUGAUCCAAA